CACCUAAAUUUGUAAAUUGCGUUCUCGUGGAAUGUCGAUUAUAAUUACGCCCUGUGUGUUAUUGGAAUAACUAAAUAAAACUUUUAAAACUACCCACAAAGUUAAAGUAGUAUACGAAGAAUAAUAUCCUAUUUGAAUUUGACACAGAGUAACUUAUCUAACAGAGUUUUAUUACAAUUCGUCUAAAUAUUAUAAUCUACAUUUAAAAAUGCGUGCUGAGGGUAGAUAACCCUCUUAAUAUACAAUAUUUAUGAAGUAUGGGGAUACAAAUAACCGUUAAUAACGGUGCUUGAUACAGAAUGACAAAAUUAAAUUUUAUGCCAACCAAAAAUGACCUUAUGUCAGCAUAAGCCUAGAAUUAACCGACUUUAAAAAGGAGAACAGAUCUUUUGUGGAUUCUAUAAAUACCGAAUCAAAAAAUCAACGUUAUAUUUUAUAUUAAUCUUUAGUAAAAUAUACCCAUAUUAGUCUUUGUUAGAACAUCUUGGUUUAUAUUUUUAUUUGGCAACAUUAUAACAUGUUUCAAAUCCAUCAAUACCGAAAACUAUUCUGUGCCACAUUUAUUUCGUGGCGCGCUUAGUUCUGUUUAUAUUCACUCCCUAAAAAAGUAGUGAAUCAACGGUUUUUAUGAACUGAAACGUUAGUUUAUAGUAACGUGUAUGACGUGAAAUAACAUAAUUAUUUUUUUAAGAUAUGAAUACAUAGUAGUGUUAAAUAUGGAGGCGUUUAAAGUGGAUACUGAGCUACCUAACAGAAUGGCCCAUUUAGAUAUAAUGGAAAUCGAUGACCCCAAUAUAGAUGCUGCAGAAGAAAAAUCUCAUGUGCCAGAAUUAACAUCACGAGUGUUACGAAAAAGAAAAUCUAUUAUGCCAGAAACAAGCAAAUCUUCAAAUCGUAGAGUUAGUAUGAAACCCAGUAAACGUAUUAUGACAGAAAAUGCAAAUCCUAAACAAAUAGAAGCAUUGUAUCUUAAUAAAAAAGUGAAAUCUCUAUCACAAACUUUAGAAACCAUAUAUGAAGAGCCUAAAGCACAAAAUAGUGAGACUGAAGUACUCAUUGGCGGGAGAAAAAUAAAAAGACUGCUGACAUUCCAACUAGGUAACCAAUAUACAAAAGAGAAGAUAAAGAGGCGUAGAGCCAAAAUAAAGAAACUGCUUGGUAACAAAUCGUUUUUAAAUAGAAAGAAAAUUCCCAUGCAAGUGUUCCUUAAGAACAUAGAAUGCUUGGAAUUGGAUGAGACAGUACAAACAGAAGCCUGUUCAUCAACUAAGGAUAAGGUUAAUUAAUGAAUUUUGUAAGACUUAUUACCUAUGGUAUUAUUUUCCUGUGUAUCAAUAAUACAAAAUAAAUUUCACAAUAAAAUCAA